UAAGGUAAACAAAUAAAGUUUCGAAGUUGCAGCAAUAAGCAGCUGAAGCUAGAAAAGAUUCUCGUAUCUUAACGAGAAAAAUAGUUAUAAGUUCAUUUUUUGUACUUCAAAUAAAAAAACUGAAAUUCUGUGUUCAUGUAAAAUAAUCUUAUGGCCCCACCUUUGAAACCAAAAGACUCUGCUUCAGAACCAGAUGCAGGAGCUGCAAAAACGCUUGUCAUUCUGGCUAAACCUCCUGAUAAAAAUAAAACAGUUCAGACUGGUAGUGCAUUAGCUAGUCCUAAUAUUCAAACAGAAUUACUGAAAUCUCCAUCAAUUGCUCAGAAAACAUCUAGUGCUGGUGAACAAGAUGAAAGCACUUCAACUCAUGGUACAUCUUCUACUAGUAAAGAUAGUGACUCAUUUUCUGAUUUGGUUAAAAAUGUUGCACAGCGAGUUUUCCAUGUGCAGCAGAAACCUACAGCUGCUCAAAGUGAUGGCGAACAGAAAGUGUCAUCUCCUCCAGAAAUGUCUUACCCUGUUAAGUUAGUAGAUGAAUCUUUACAGUGGUGUGACAGUGCUCUAGAGUAUCUUCAUGAUUCAUCAGAUUUUUAUGUGAUUGGCGUACUGGGCCUUCAGGGGGUUGGAAAAUCCACAAUUAUGUCCAUAAUUAGUGGAAUUCAUUCUGAAAAAUCAAAAUGGCAACUUUUUAAGCCUCAGACAAAUGACUUAAAAGAAAUUGGUGAGCAUUGUACAUCAGGAAUUGACAUGUUUGUGACAAAUCAACGUGUAAUACUUCUUGAUACUCAGCCUGUUAUGAGUGCAUCAGUAAUGGAUCACAUGAUUCAGUAUGAAAAGAAACCUCCUGGUGGUCCCGAUUAUCAUUCUGUUGAAAAUGCUUUAUUAAUGCAGUCAUUACAACAAGCUGCAUUCAUGAUGGCAGUUUGCCAUACCAUUAUUUCAGUCCAAGAUUGGUUUAUAGAUCUCAAUUAUCUUAGGUUCCUUCUCUCUGCUGAAAUGUUGAAACCCACAACGCCUAUAAAUAUCCAUGACUUGAAUCCUCUUCCAGAGGAAACUACGGAAUAUUAUCCUCAUAUAGUGUUUGUACAAAAUCAUGCCCAAAAGAGAGACUUCUCUGCAAGUACAAUAUCCAAGAUGGAAGAGACCUUGUCUAAUGUUUUCCAAAAAUCAAAAUUAAAAUAUUCAGGAUCUGUGAAUCCUCAUAAUCGUCGGUAUCCCAAAGAUUCUCCUCCAAAAGUUAAUUUGUUUCUGAUUCCUGAUAAAGAACCUCCAGACACAGAUUCUCCAAGCCAUCGUUUUCCUGAAUAUAAAAUACAUCCAGGCUAUAAAUAUCUUACUGAAUCUUUAAGUCGUCAAGUAUUAUCAAUGCCAAGAUCACUCUUAACACACACAGCUUUAUCAGAAAAAAACUGGUUCCACUAUUCUGCAAGAAUCUGGGAAACAGUAAAAAAGUCUACUCUGUUCCUUGAAUAUAAUAGACUUUUGCCAUAAAUAUGUCAUUGUACAGUGUUUUAUUGGGUGAUAUAAGUUUAUUACUCAAACUUUGUAAAUAAAAAAAUACU